ACAGUCUUAGCCAAUCACAACCAUCCAACUCAGCUUUCUUGCAUCCCUGUAUCUUAUCCUUUCUCCCACCACUAGUCUCUCCCUCUCAGAAUCUAGAACCCAUCUCUCCCUCCUGUCAAAUCCUCCUUGAUUUCUCUUCAUCAACAAAGAAGACAGAGGAACCACCGAAAAAAAAAGAAAAAGUAACCCCAAGAUGUCUCUUACAAUCCCUACUAAUCUCUCAAAAUCGCUUUUGAAGCCAAUGCUAAACUCCCAAGUAACCCCCAAAGUUUCAAGAUCAUUGGUGGUAUGCUCAAGUACUCCAUCCUCAGACAAGAGUUCAUCACCAUCAGCUUCACCACUCCAAGCCUUCUCAGCUGCUCUUGCUCUUUCUUCCAUUCUUCUUUCAGCUCCACUGCCUGCUUUAGCUGACAUUUCAGGGCUGACACCAUGUAAAGAGUCCAAGCAAUUCGCCAAACGUGAGAAGCAGCAGAUCAAGAAGCUCGAAUCAUCGUUGAAGCUUUACGCCCCUGACAGCGCACCGGCUCUCGCUAUCAAAGCAACCAUCGAGAAAACCAAGAGAAGAUUUGACAACUAUGGGAAAUACGGGUUGCUUUGUGGCUCUGAUGGGUUGCCCCAUUUGAUAGUCAAUGGUGACCAGAGGCACUGGGGUGAGUUCAUCACACCAGGUCUGUUGUUCUUGUACAUCGCUGGAUGGAUCGGAUGGGUUGGAAGGAGCUACCUGAUUGCUAUACGCGAUGACAAGAAGCCAGCCAUGAAGGAGAUCAUCAUCGAUGUUCCUUUGGCUGCCAGUCUUCUCUUUAGAGGCUUUAUUUGGCCUGUCGCUGCCUACAGAGAGCUUAUCAAUGGUGACCUUGUUGUCAAGGAUGUGUAAUCUCCUCAGACUGAAUGGAAUUACUCGAUGGGAUAGCUACGUAGGAAGAUAGGAGUGCUUUGACUGAAUAUUUGUUAGAGGAAGACAGGUGCCUGGGGAAAUUUCUUGUACUCUGAGUGUAUGUAAUGCUGGUAUUGAAACAUUUGGAGCUGAUCAACUUUCCAUUUCAAUCUUUGUUAUCCAAAUUCAUGUGACAAUAUGUGCUACACACAGGAAUCUUAGAAUACCUGAAAUCUUGUACUAUUAAUUUAGGUGUUUAAUCACCAAAAGAGAACUGAAAAAUGGUGUAAAUCUAAUGCAAUGGUUUCCUCC